AUGAGCGCUCAGAUGGGCGCAAGUACAUUUGCUAUUUAAGCAACGUGGCGCUGGACGAGAAAACGACAACUGCGUUGGUCUGAAACUAGCAAAGACACUUGUGUUGUGCUUGGCGCCGCUUUGCCCCGGGUGUAAGAUAGAGCCUUAUGUAUUUGAAUGAGACGACUGAUGUUUGUGGCCUUUUUUAAAAGAAGAUAAAGAUCAUAAGGUUUUCAGGAGAAUAUUUAAUUCAGCCCACAUGGAGCCAUUUGCAUGGGUGCUUCUGUAUGGAGUGUGUUUUCAAGGUGCCAUAUUCGGCGUUUCGUGGGCAUGGAGUGUCACCGUGCCCAGAGAGAUGGAGGGCAUGGUAGGAUCCUGCCUGGUCAUCCCCUGCAGAUUUUCUUAUAGCGAAUACCCACCCAACGACAAGGGCAGAGUGGUCUGGUACCAAUAUGUCGACAGAGGAUACCCUCUGGUGUGCGAUCCAAAAAACCCAAAUGAAGUCAUCGAAAAGUUCAGGCGAAAAACCUCUUUAUACGGAUCACCUUACAAUGGAGACUGCAGCCUGAAGAUCGACCCCCUGGACUGGCGUCACCAAGAGGAGAGGGUUUACCCCUGGGUGGACCCAGACUACGUCACAUAUCGCUAUUUUAAAUUUUAUGACAAAGCUGUGAAAAUCCGUGUACGAGACAACGCAGACGAACCAAAAUUAUAUUUUUCCGGCUCACGUACGGUGGGAGAACAAAUGACCGUCCAGUGCAGCGCCAACCACACGUGCCGACCGCGUCCCCCAACAUUGCGCCUGACCGUAGCGGGACAUACUGGAACACCCAAAGUCUAUCACACAGAAGUGCAUGAAGGCAAGUGGAAAAUCACCAUGGAGAUGACCUGGAUAUUAGACAACGCCCACCAAACCAUCACUUGUGAAGUCAGACAUCCCUCCGGCCGGAGCGCAUCCAAAACCGUCAGCCUUCAGGGACAAUGUUCAGUGACAAAGGUCACUAUAAAUCCCAGUUCGGAGGAGUUCCUGGAAGGCGUGGAGAAGGACGUGGUCUGUUCCGUGUCCUACGCCUGCCAAGAGCAGCGUCCAGAUCUGUCUUGGAAUUAUGGAGGCAUGAAGGUCUCCAGCGAGUUUCAGAAACGAGGCAGUGGGAGCUGGGAAAGCCGGUCCACUUUGACAUUCAAGGCAGGGGCCAGCGACCACAACCAAGCCCUGAAAUGCACCGCAAGGUUCACCAAUGGGCAAAUCCAAGAGGGCUACAUCACUCUGAAGGUGAAAAGGGCCAUGUUUUCCCUGGGGUGGCGCUUCUCUAUGCCCAGCCAGGUGACAGGCCUGCAGGGCUCGUGCCUGGUCAUCCCCUGCCAUUUUGAGUACUCCUCCACCCUGCCCUCUGACAUCAGUGUCAUGUGGUACAAGUACACGCCCGGGGAGUACCCGGUGGUGUACAGCCCAGCGCGCCCUGGUGAUGUCAUCAGUGACUUCAGAGGGAAAACCUCUCUGUACGGAUCUCCGAGUGACCGGAGCUGCAGCCUGAAAAUUAACCCCGUCGAGAUGAACCAUCAUAGACAGAGGCUUUACACCUGGGUGGACCCCAAGCCCAUCUCCUCCUACCACAGACAGAACUAUCAGGACAAGACCGUGGAGAUUUAUGUGACUGACAGAGUGGAUAAACCAGAAAUGCAGAUUAUUGGCAUACCCAAGGUGGGAGAGCAAAUCAGCGUGCAGUGCUGUGCGUACCACACGUGUCCGGCCACGCCCCCUAUACUGAGCCUGAUUGGUUUGCCCGAGACGGGCCAGCGUCGUGAAACUGAAGCGCAAGACGUCAAGUGGAAAAUCACGUUGGUGCAGACGUGGGUCAUCGUUGAAGAUCAACAGACUGUGUCUUGUCGUGUCCAGCAUCCAGGAGGCCGGGCGGCCCAGGUGGACAUCACCAUCCAGGCCGAAUGUUCAGUUGGGGAGAUCAUUACUGAUCCCGGCCCAGUGGAGUUCCUUGAAGGUGUGGUGAAGAACGUCACAUGUUCUGUCUUUUACACCUGCUCUAAACAACAGCCGGCUAUUGUGUGGAACUACAAGGACAUGCCAGCCUCCAGCAGUACUACAAAUAUGGCUGCCACUAAGUGGAAAACUGUAUCCAGUAUAAUGUUCAUUGCAUCUAUGGAUGACCACGGUAAAACUCUGACCUGCACAGCUGAGUUUCCUGAUGGGAAAAGGCCAAUGACCUCAAUCGAUUUACACGUGAGAAAGCAUGAACCCCCAGCGCCUGAAUCGCCCCCUGCUGGUCUGGACACUAAUGACACAAGCAGAAAGCAGAGCCUCCUCCCCAUCCUGCUGCCUGCCACAGCUGCUGCCCUGCUUGCCCUGGCUCUGUGUGUGGGAGUUUUGACGUGCAGGAAAAUGUGUUCCAGGAAAAGUACUGAUCAACACUCACUGAGGUCACCACAACCUGACAAUCAGAGGUCUUUUUGGAAAAGAUUUUCCAGAAGGCAUGAAGGUAACAGCACUAGUUGGAAUGUGGGCAACACUGGCCACAGGGAACUUCCCAGGGACUGUCCACGUAGACCACCUCGUCCAGAGGAAAGGGCAUCAUUCUGGAGGCGGUUUUCCAGAAGAAAUCCCAAAGACUUCCUGGACAGACCUCCUCGCCCAGAAAAAAGGAGGUCCAUUUGGAGCAGAUUUUCAAGACAGCAACAUGGCAACGGACCUGAGAUGAAUGUGGGCUACAGGGCCAAUAACGAGAGCUUAGCAGGCAAUGUUCCAACCAAACCAAAACCCCACUUCCCGUCUCCUGUAAGAAACCCAAAAUCUGCCCAUGCUGCCAAACAUAGGAAUGACACACCAUAUUUUGAAGAAGAAGAAGAAGAGGAGGAUUAUGAGAAUUGUUUUAAAGAGGACAUUUAUGCGAACAUGUAAUGGCACAAAGUUGGCUAGUCUUAAGAAAAACCUGCUACUUUAACAUACGUGAUCCGGAGGCAGUUCAAGCGAUGACUAUGCAUUGAAAAGGCCUUUGUCACACGACAGGAAUUUGAUUGUAAUUCUCCAUGCACACAUUUCACAUAUGAUACUUUUUUAUCGGAUAUAGCUUGUGCGCGAUGUGAAUAAGGCUUGUGAUUUCUGCCAGCACGUUUAUUACUGAACGGCCAUGAAGAUGGAGGUUUUGGUAUCACAAGAAUCAUAAGAAGGGUUAAUUCUGUUCUCUAGUACGUGUGCUGGGUGCUUGGAAAGGAUCCUUUUGAUUUUUUAACGGUACAUUACUUGAUGUCUUAUUUCAAUAUUGUUUAUUAAUAUUGCCAUAUACUGCUUUGCAGGCCUACAUGUAUUGUCACCAAGUAUAUUACUAUAAUCAAGAGUGAAACAUUUAUAUUUAAUUCAU